UCGCGGGUCACAUGAGGUGUGCCUUAAAGGAGAGAUUGCGGACAGGCAAGGCGCUGAGCAUUACAAUGGAGUGGGGUUGUGGGUCAGGAGCAGUGCUGGGGCUCUUAGCGGUGCUGGCACUUUGCAUCGGAGACGGCGAAGCCCGAACUAAAGCAGCCCCGUACUUGGCACGGGAGGGAGGAAAAAUGAAUGUCCUUUUCAUCAUUGCUGAUGAUCUGCGCACCAGUCUGGGAUGCUAUGGAGACACUACUGUCCUAUCACCAAACAUUGACCAACUUGCAUCCAAGAGCUUUGUUUUCAAAAAUGCGUUUGCCCAACAAGCCCUCUGUGGACCGAGCAGAACAUCGUUCCUGACCAGCAGGCGCCCCGACACUACUCGUCUUUAUGAUCACAAUUCCUACUGGAGGACUCACGCAGGGAACUACACCACGCUGCCUCAGUACCUGAAGAUGAAUGGCUUCCUGACCAUGUCAGUGGGUAAAGUCUUUCAUCCAGGAAUUGUAUCCAAUCAUACCGAUGACUACCCGUACAGCUGGUCAUUCCCUCCAUUUCAUCCUUCAACACAGAAAUAUAAAAACGCCAAGGAGUGCAGAGGACCAGAUGGUAAAAGAUACGCAAACCUGGUCUGUCCAGUGGACGUGAAGGAGAUGCCAGAACGCACACUGCCUGACAUCCAGAGCACUGAUGAAGCAAUUCGUUUACUGAAAAAGACAAAAGACACCGGAAGCCCAUUCUUUUUAGCCGUUGGUUAUCAUAAACCACACAUUCCACUCAAAUAUCCACAGGAGUUUUUAAAAUUGUAUCCACGUGAAGAGAUCCACCUUGCGCCUGAUCCUAAAGUCCCAUUGAAACUACCUCCAGUGGCGUAUAAUCCAUGGACUGACGUGAGAUCAAGGCAUGAUGUCCAGGUGCUCAACAUCAGUUUUCCAUAUGGACCGAUUCCUGAUGACUUUCAGGUGCUGAUCCGCCAGAGUUACUUUGCUGCAGUCUCUUAUGUGGACAGUGAAGUGGGCCGACUGUUGAAUGCAUUGGAGGAAGAAGGGCUGGCCAAAAAUACAAUCAUCGUGUUCACGUCUGACCAUGGUUGGUCACUGGGUGAGCAUGGCGAAUGGGCCAAGUACAGCAAUUUUGAUGUGGCAACUCGCGUCCCUUUGAUGCUUUACGUCCCGGGGCUGACUGCAACUUUACCUCUACCGAAGCGAAGGAUAUUUCCCUUUAUCAGUCCUCUUACCAGUAAAGUGAGGAAGCUGCCAAGAGUCUCAAUGGUGGAAACCAAUGUGGAGUUGGUUGACCUUUUCCCAACGCUCUGUGAACUCCUCGGGUUACCUGUACCACCUGCGUGUCCCUCAUCUUCCUUUCACGUGGACUUCUGCACCGAAGGAUGGGGUCUGGCCAGUCGUUUAAACGCUGAGGCCACUGGAAGCAACGGAGAAUCAUUUGCCUUCACCCAAUAUCCCCGGCCAGCAGACAAACCCCAGCUGAACUCCGACCUCCCUCUGCUGAAGGACAUUCGAAUCAUGGGAUACUCCAUCCGCUCUCUUGACUACAGGUACACCCUGUGGGUCAGCUAUAACCCCUCCACUUUCAGAGCCAAUCUCAGUGAUGUUCAUGCUGGAGAGCUCUAUUUUUAUAAAACUGACCCGGGACAAGACCACAACCUGUACAACGAUGUAAAAUUUGCUGAUGUGGUCCGCAAAUUUUCAGCCUUAAUUAAAACCUGAGGGUCGCUGCUACUGCUUGAGCCCAUCCCUCCCUGCAAGGGCAUGGGCUACUAACAGAAUUUCACCAAAGUUCUCUGUCCUGGGCCUAUAGAAAGUUCAUCGGCCAUGUGGCUUGUGCUUUCAGCUAUGACUUUAUAUGUCUUCUAGGCAAGGAUCCUUUCACUCCCAGGGCCGAGGCCUUUGCGGCUUCUGUGUUGGCUUUUCUGCAGUUCUGGGAUUUUAUGGGAUGGGGUUUUACAGCCCAUGACCAACCCUCCUCCUUCUGCAGCCGGGCUUGGGAAUGUUAUGAUUAAAUUUGGCAUUUUUUUUAUUCCGAUAGGUGCUUUGGAUUCCACUUAUAUUUCAAAGAUGUAUUGGCUGGUAGGUUAAUUGGUCACAUAGGUGUAAUUAGUGACAUGAGCUUGUUGGGCAGCAAAGUCUUUUGUUGUAUCUCUAUAUAAAAAAAUUACAACAGGCUCAUCAAGUGAUGAGGAUGAAUAGCAGAAGUUUAAACACUGAAUCGCUGAGAACCUUCCUUCCAACAGGCUUUGCAGAAAAUAGAAAGGAGAUGUUCUUUGGUCGGGCAGCUGUUGGCCAUUCUGAGAAGAACUACUUCCAGGUCAAAGUGCUGCUGUGAGUUUUAUUGGACAUCAGGUUUCAGUGAGGAGGAUGAGCAGCAUUAAGAGAGGGUUAGAUUUUUGUCAUCCUCCUGUCAGUUAGUUUAUUAACAACAACCAAUGGAAUGUUUGCACAGGAAAAGCUCUCCCCAUGUUUGAGAAAACCUACACAGAGCACUGCCACAAGAAAGCAGCAUCUAACAUCAAAGACUCUCACCGUCUAGGCGAUACUUUCUUCUCACUGCUGCCAUCUGGAAGAAGGUACAGGAUCUCUGGUCCCACAGCACCAGGUUCAGGAACAGUUAUUGCUCCUCAACCAUUAGGCUCUUGAACCAGAGGGGAUAACUUCACUCAACUCACCACUGAACUGUUCCUGCAACCGAUGGACUCAUUGAACAUGAGAGAUCUACAGCACAUUACAGGCUCUUCAGCCCACAAUGUUGUGCCGCCCAUAUAACCUUUUCUAGAAACUGUUUAGAAUUGCCCUACCGCAUAGCCCUCUAUUUUUCUAAGCUCCUUGUACCUAUCUAAGAGACUCUUAAAAGACCCUAUUGUAUCCACUUCCACCACCGUCACUGGCAGUGCAUUCCACACAUUCUCCACUCUCUGUGGAAAAACUAACCCCUGACAUCCCCUCUGUAUCUACGUCGUAGCACCUUAAAACUGUGCCCUCUCGUGUUAGCCAUUUCAGCCCUGGGAAAAAGCCUCUAGCCAACCACAUGAACAAUGUCUCUCAUUAUCCUGUACACUUCUAUCAGGUCACCUCUCAUCCUCCUUCACUCCGAGGAGAAAAGGCCGAGUUCACUCAACCCAUUCUUGUCAGGUACGCCCUCCAAUCCAAGCAGCAUCCUUUUAAAAAAAAAUUAUUACAUUUUUAGAGAUUUACAUAGGAAAUGAAAAUAUUAGAAUAAUGAAAGAAAAAAUUAUAUUGACCCUCCCCCUCCCCUUAACCCUCCCCCCCUUAAACCCUUAUCUAAAGAGAGAAAAAAAAGAAAGAAAAGAGAGAAAGAUUGCCUGAAUAUCUAAGGAUCCCCACAUGCUCCAUGGAGUUCAAAAUAAUUUUAAUUUUUAUUUUUCCCAAUUACUUUGUAAUUUUAUCUUCAAAGGACCUAUAUAUUUAGUUCUAUCUUUUGUAGAUAUGGGUGCCAAAUUUUCAAAAAUAUAUCAUAUUCAUUUCUUAGAUUAUAAGUAAUUUUUUUAAGUGGAAUACAGCUAUUUAUUUCAUUAUUCCAACGAUCCAUAGUUAAAUAUAAGUCAGAUUUCCAAGUAACUGCGAUAACUUUUUUGGCUACUGCCAAUGCAAUUUUUAUAAAUUUUUUCUGAUACUUAUUCAAUUUAAGUUUCAGUAUUGUCCCUUCAAUGUCUCCUAAUAAAAAUAAUAUUGGUCUAUGUGGGAGUUGUAUUCCAGUAAUUUGUUCCGAUAAAAGUCUUAGAUUUAUCCAAUGUGGUUGAAUUUUAAAACAAGACCAAGUAGAAUGUAAAAAAGUACCAAUUUCUUGAUUACAUCGAAAACAUUGGUCAGACAUAUUUGAAUUUAAUCUAUUUAUAUUUCUAUAAUAUUUCUAUUUCAUUAGGUUUUGGCAUUAACAUUGUUUGACCCAGCUUAUAUCGUAAAUAGGCCUUUAAUUGAAAAUAACAGAAAAGGAUGUUAUUUGAUAUUUUAUAAUUGUUUUUUAAUUGAUCAGAUGACAUCAAUAUACCUCCUUCAAAACAAUCACCUAUGUAUUUAAUCCCCUUUUGAAACCAAUUAUGUAAAAGUUUAUCCAUUGUAAAAGGAAUAAGCCUAUUUUGAAUUAAAGUUCUUCUUGCUAAUAAAGAUUUCUUUAUCUCAUUGUCCAUAUUUACCUUAUUCCAUAAAUCAAUCAAAUGCCUUAGUAUAAGAGAUUCUUUCUUUUCCGUAUCCAUUUGGAUUCCCAUUUAUAUAUAAAAUCUUCUGGUAUGUUUUCUCCUAUCUUAUCUAAUUCUAUUCUAAUCCAUGCCGGUUUUUCUUCAUCAAAAAAAGUGGCAAUAAAUAUAAGUUGAUUUGCUUUAUAAUAAUUCUUAAAAUUUGGAAGUUGUAACCCUCCUAAAUCAAAUUUACAUGUCAAUUUUUCCAUUGAUAUUCUUGACAUCCUUCCUUUCCAAAGAAAUUUCCUCACAUAUUUAUUCAAUUCUUGAAAGAACUUCUGAGGCAAUUGUAUUGGUAAAGUUUGGAAUAAAUAUUGCAAUCUAGGAAAUAUUUUCAUUUUUACAGCAUUAACUCUACCUAUUGAUGUUAUUGGUAACAUCAUCCAUUUAUCAAGAUCUUCUUUUAUUUUUUUUAAUAAUGGCAAAUAGUUUUGUUUAUAUAAAUUUUUUACAUCAUUAUCGACACUUAUACCUAAAUAUUUUAUCCCAUUUAUUGGCCAUUUAUUGGCCAUCGAAAUUGAGUUACUAAUCGACAUUGAUUAUAAUCUCCGUUGGUACGGGGUAAAAUUUCACUUUUAUCCCAAUUUACUUUAUACCCUGAUAUUUUCCCAUAUUCUUACAAUCUAAAAGAUAAUUUCUGCAGCGAUUGCAAUGGGUUUGUUAAAUAAAUCAAAACAUCAUCAGCAAAUAAAUUAAUCUUAUAUUCUUCUUGGUUAACUCUAAAGUCCACAAUAUCUGAAUCUGUUCUAAUUAUUUCCGCUAAUGGUUCUAUCGCCAAUACAAAUAAAGCAGGUGAUAAUGGGCAGCCUUGUCUAGUUGACCUUGUUAAACGAAAUGGUGUUGAAAUCUGACCAUUUGUAACUACUUUAGCUUGAGGAUUAAUAUUUAAGGUCUUAAUCCAUUUUAUAAAAGAUUUUCCUAACAUAUUUUUCCAAUACCUUAAAUAAAAAAUCCCAUUCCAAACUAUCAAAUGCUUCUUCUGCAUCCAAGGCAACUGCCACAUUCAUUUCCUCUCUUUUUUGUGCCAAAUGAAUUAUGCUAAGUAAUCGAGUUAUAUUAUCCGUUGAUUGUCUAUUUUUAAUAAAGCCUGUUUGAUCCCUAUGUAUGAAUUUUGGUAAAUAUUUAGAUAUUCUAUUAGAUAAAAUUUUUGUUAUUAUUUUAUAAUCUGUAUUCAACAAAGAAAUAGGCCUAUAUGAUGUUGGUUUUAAAGGAUCUGUAUCUUUUUUUGGCAAUACAGUUAUGAUCACUGUUGAAAAAGAUUGUGGGAGUUUGUGCAUUCUUUCCACUUGAUAUAUUAAUUCCAUAAAAGGAGGAAUUAGUAAAUCUUUAAAUUUUUUAUAAAAUUCAAGCGGAAAACAGUCUUCUCCUGGGGAUUUAUUACUCUGAAGUGAUCCUAAAGCUUCUUCAACCUCUUUUAAUGUAAAGGGCAUAUCUAAUCCUUUCUGUUCUUCCAAAUUUAAUUUUGGAAGAGUUAUUUGUGAUAAAAAUUUAUCUAUCUCAGCAAUCUUAUUUUGUGAUUCUGAUUGAUAUAAUUCAGUAUAAAUUUUUUUUAAAGUUUCAUUAAUUUCUAAAGAUUUAUAAGUAAAAUCUUAUUUGCACUUGUUCUAAUUGCAUUUAUUGUUUUAGAAGCCUGUUCUGUUUUCAACUGCCAAGCAAGAAUCUUGUGUGAUCUUUCACCUAAUUCAUAAUGUUUAGUUCUCAUAAUUACUUUUUCUGUUCGAUAUGUCUGGAGUGUAUUGUAAUUUUUUAUUAACAAGUUGUCUUUGUUUUUCUUCUGUUGUAUAUCUUUGAGAUUCUUUUUCUAACUUUGUAAUAUUUUUCUAAUUUUCUAAUUGAUCUAUUUCUGCCAUGUAUUCCUUCUUAAUUUUAAAUGUAUAACUUAUGAUCUGACCCCUCAAGUAUGCUUUCAUCACUUCGCAUAAUACAAAUUUAUCCUCAACUGAGUGUGAAUUUGUAUCCCAAAAAAAUUGAAUGUUUUUUCAUAAAAUCACAAAAAUCUUGACGUUUUAAUAAAAUUGAAUUAUAUCUCCAUCUAUAGAUCGAUUCCUCCUUAUCCAUCAUUAUCAUUGUCAUUAUCAAGGGGGAAUGAUCUGACAAUAUUCUUGUUUUAUAUUCCACACUUUUCGCUCUACCCUGAAUAUUUUUGAUAAUAAAAAAGAUCAAUCCUUGAAUAAGUUUUAUGUCUAUUUGAAUAAAAUGAAUAAUCUCUU